AUGGAGGCGGGGUCGGGGCCCCCGGGGGGCCCGGGCUCCGAGAGCCCCAACAGGGCGGUGGAGUACCUGCUGGAGCUGAACAACAUCAUCGAGAGUCAGCAGCAGUUGCUGGAGACCCAGAGACGGCGCAUUGAAGAGCUGGAGGGCCAGCUAGACCAGCUCACCCAGGAGAACCGAGACCUGAGGGAAGAGAGCCAACUACACCGUGGGGAACUGCACCGGGACCCCCAUGGUGCACGAGAUAGCCCUGGCCGAGAGAGCCAGUACCAGAACCUUCGAGAGACCCAGUUUCAUCACCGAGAACUGAGGGAGAGCCAGUUCCACCAGGCAGCUCGAGACGUGGGCUAUCCGAACCGGGACGGCGCCUACCAGAAUCGGGAGGCUGUGUAUCGGGACAAGGAGCGGGACGCCUCUUACCCGCUCCAGGACUCUGCCUACCCACCCCGCGAGCGCGAUGUGGCUCAGUGCCACCUGCACCACGAGAACCCAGCCCUAAGUCGUGAGCGUGGCGGGCGGGAGGCCGGGUCAGCCCACCCAGGCCGUGAGAAGGAAGCCAGCUAUUCAGCGGUGGUGGGCGUGGGGUCACGGCCACCGCGGGAGCGGGGCCAGCUGAGCCGUGGCGCAUCCAGGAGCUCUAGCCCCGGGGCCGGUGGAGGCCACAGCACCAGUACCAGCACCAGUCCCGCCACAACCCUCCAGAGAAAGUCCGAUGGUGAGAAUUCCAGAACUGUCAGUGUGGAGGGUGAUACCCCAGGCAGUGACCUGAGCACAGCAGUUGAUAGUCCUGGGAGUCAACCCCCCUACCGACUGAACCAGCUGCCCCCCACCAGCAGCCACAUGGGGGGUACCUCUGUUGGAGUGGGCCUUCCCUGGGCUCAGCGAGCACGCCUCCAGCCAGCCAGUGUCGCUCUGAGGAAGCAAGAGGAGGAGGAGAUAAAGCGCUCUAAGGCCCUAUCGGACAGCUAUGAACUCUCCACAGACCUGCAGGACAAGAAGGUGGAAAUGCUGGAGAGGAAGUAUGGGGGCUCCUUCUUGAGCCGCCGGGCUGCCAGGACCAUCCAGACAGCCUUCCGUCAGUACCGCAUGAACAAGAAUUUUGAACGACUACGCAGUUCAGCUUCUGAAAGCCGCAUGUCCCGCCGCAUCAUCCUUUCUAACAUGCGGAUGCAAUUCUCCUUUGAGGAAUAUGAAAAGGCACAGAAUCCCGCGUACUUUGAGGGCAAGCCUGCCUCGCUGGACGAGGGUGCCAUGGCUGGUGCCCGGAGCCACCGGCUUGAACGAGGGCUCUCAUAUGGAGGCUCCUGUGGUGGGGGCAUUGAUGGUGGUGGAAGCUCUGUCACUACAUCUGGAGAGUUUUCUAAUGACAUCACAGAGCUGGAGGACUCCUUCUCCAAACAGGUAAAGUCUCUGGCUGAAUCCAUUGACGAGGCCCUGAACUGCCACCCAUCAGGGUCCAUGUCUGAGGAGCCGGGGGCAGGCCAACUGGAAAAGCGGGAGUCAAAGGAACAGCAGGAAGACAGCUCAGCCACAUCUUUCAGUGACCUUCCUCUCUACCUGGAUGACCCAGUUCCCCCACCAUCCCCUGAACGACUGCCCAGCACAGAGCCCCCAACUCAGGGCCGGCCCGAGUUCUGGGCACCAGCCCCUCUCCCAUCAGUUCCUCCACCAGUGCCACCAGGAACCCGGGAAGAUGGUGGCCGUGAAGAAGGCACUCGUAGGGGUCCUGGGUGCUUGGAGUGUAGAGAUUUCCGACUGCGAGCUGCCCACCUUCCCCUGCUUACCAUUGAGCCUCCUAGUGACAGCUCCGUGGACCUGAGCGACCGCUCAGAUCGUGGUUCUGUCCACCGCCAGCUUGUGUAUGAAGCUGAUGGCUGCAGCCCCCAUGGGACCCUGAAGCACAAGGGGCCACCAGGCAGAGCCCCAAUCCCACAUCGACACUACCCAGCCCCUGAGGGCCCAGCCCCAGCUCCUCCAGGGCCCCUGCCACCAGCCCCCAACAGUGGUACUGGGCCCAGUGGUGUGCCAGGGGGUCGGAGGUUGGGGAAGUGUGAGGCAGCAGGCGAGAAUUCUGAUGGUGGAGAUAACGAGAGCCUUGAGAGCUCCAGCAAUUCUAAUGAGACCAUCAACUGCAGCUCAGGCUCCUCAUCUCGGGACAGCCUGCGGGAGCCUCCAGCCACUGGCCUUUGCAAGCAGACUUACCAGCGGGAGACUAGGCACAGCUGGGACUCACCAGCCUUCAACAAUGAUGUGGUACAGAGGCGGCACUACAGAAUCGGCCUCAACCUCUUCAAUAAGAAGCCAGAGAAGGGUAUCCAGUAUCUGAUUGAGCGGGGCUUCCUGUCAGACACGCCGGUGGGAGUGGCUCACUUCAUCCUGGAGAGGAAAGGCCUGAGCCGUCAGAUGAUAGGGGAAUUCCUAGGGAACCGACAGAAGCAGUUCAACAGAGAUGUGUUGGACUGUGUGGUAGAUGAAAUGGACUUCUCUUCUAUGGAUUUGGAUGAUGCACUCCGGAAAUUUCAAUCCCAUAUUCGAGUUCAGGGCGAGGCCCAGAAAGUAGAGCGACUCAUUGAAGCAUUCAGCCAGCGGUACUGUGUGUGUAACCCAGCUCUCGUGCGCCAGUUCCGGAAUCCAGACACCAUUUUCAUCCUUGCUUUUGCCAUCAUUCUCCUCAAUACCGACAUGUACAGUCCCAGCGUCAAGGCUGAACGCAAGAUGAAACUAGAUGAUUUCAUCAAGAACUUGAGAGGGGUUGACAAUGGUGAAGACAUCCCCCGAGACCUCCUGGUGGGCAUCUACCAACGCAUCCAGGGACGCGAACUAAGGACCAAUGAUGACCAUGUGUCCCAGGUGCAGGCUGUGGAGCGCAUGAUCGUCGGCAAGAAACCGGUCCUGUCUCUCCCUCACCGUCGACUGGUUUGCUGCUGCCAGCUCUAUGAGGUGCCAGAUCCAAACCGCCCCCAGAGACUAGGGUUGCAUCAGCGGGAGGUCUUCCUCUUCAAUGAUCUCCUUGUGGUUACCAAAAUUUUCCAAAAGAAGAAGAUCUUGGUGACAUACAGCUUCCGUCAAUCCUUUCCCCUCGUAGAAAUGCACAUGCAGCUCUUCCAGAAUUCAUAUUAUCAGUUUGGGAUCAAGUUGCUAUCUGCAGUACCUGGCGGGGAGCGAAAAGUCCUCAUCAUCUUCAAUGCUCCCAGCCUCCAGGACCGGCUACGCUUCACAUCUGAUCUACGAGAGUCCAUUGCCGAGGUGCAGGAGAUGGAGAAAUACCGUGUGGAGUCGGAACUGGAGAAGCAGAAAGGUAUGAUGCGGCCUAAUGCCUCACAGCCUGGAGGGACCAAAGACUCAGUGAAUGGGACACUGGCCCGCAGUAGCCUGGAGGACACUUACGGGGCAGGCGAUGGGCUCAAACGGGGUGCACUCAGCAGUUCCCUGCGAGAUCUCUCUGAUGCAGGGAAGCGGGGGCGGCGUAACAGCGUGGGAUCGCUGGACAGCACCAUCGAAGGGUCUGUUAUUAGCAGUCCACGCCCUCACCAGAGGAUGCCACCUCCGCCCCCACCCCCGCCGCCAGAGGAGUACAAGAGCCAGAGGCCCGUCUCCAACUCCUCAUCCUUCCUGGGCUCCCUAUUUGGAAGCAAGCGGGGCAAGGGGCCCUUCCAGAUGCCACCACCACCAACAGGCCAGGCCUCUGCUUCCUCUUCAUCUGCUUCUUCCACCCACCACCACCACCACCAUCACCACCACGGUCACAGUCAUGGUGGCCUGGGGGUGCUGCCUGAUGGGCAGUCCAAGCUCCAGGCCCUGCAUGCCCAGUAUUGCCAAGGACCAGGCCCUGCCCCACCGCCUUACCUCCCACCCCAGCAACCCCCUCUACCCCCACCUCCUCAGCAGCCCCCACCCCUACCCCAACUGGGCUCCAUUCCACCACCUCCCGCCUCAGCUCCACCCGUGGGCCCACAUCGCCACUUCCAUGCACAUGGUCCAGUCCCAGGCCCCCAGCACUAUACCUUGGGCCGGCCAGGCAGGGCUCCCAGACGAGGGGCAGGAGGACACCCUCAGUUUGCCCCACAUGGCCGCCACCCCCUACACCAGCCUACAUCCCCAUUGCCCCUGUACAGUCCUGCCCCUCAGCACCCUCCAGCCCACAAGCAGGGCCCCAAGCACUUCAUCUUCAGUCACCACCCACAGAUGAUGCCAGCAUCAGGGGCAGCUGGGGGCCCUGGAUCUCGUCCACCCGGAGGCUCCUACUCCCACCCUCAUCACCCACAGCCCUCACCCCACACCCCACACUCACCCCUGCCACCCACUUCACCCCAUGGCCCACUGCACGCCUCUGGGCCCCCUGGCACGGCCAAUCCACCCACUGCAAACCCCAAGGCCAAGCCAAGUCGGAUCAGCACGGUGGUCUGA